AUGAUAAACGAUAAUGAUUUCAGUCUGUCAGUUGUUGAGCUGAGGUUUACAUUCAGCAUCAGUAGCAUAGCAGUAAGCAGUAAACGUAAGAUGCGGGAAGCUGUCGUAUUAUUGCGGAGAAUAAAAGUAAUUGAAUGCAAGAAAUGUUCAAAUGCUUUCACCAAACGGAGUGAUUACAAAGUUCAUAAAUUAAAACAUGACCUACAGACCUUACAGAAGCGCAGAAAGGAAAAAAAUAAAUUAUAUUACCAAAAAGUUACAGUUGCUGGUUAUGAAAAAAAAAUUGAAUGUGAAGAGUGUGAUAUGAAAUUUGUAGAAAUGAGCACCCUCAAAGCUCAUUCAGCUUUGCACAAGCCUUUCCCGCAUGGGAGACGGAUCUGGCAACGAUCCGCGUCCGAAAUGAAUGAACUCGAUUUGAUAAAAGAAGUUGAGAAACGAACUAUUUUGUACGACAAGUCUGUAAGCGGUUUCAACAAAACCAAGCUAAGAGACGAAGCAUGGAAGGAGGUUCAAAAUGCCCUUCGUGUUUCAGAGGCCGAAUGCAAGAAGCGCUGGCGCUCGCUCCGGGACUCCUUCAUUAAGCUGCAACGCACCCACGGCAGCAGGACGAGGUGGCCUUACCUCAACGCGAUGCGCUUCCUCCUGCCGCACAUCGAGCCCAAGCCGGACAUACCGGUCAAAAAAGAGCUGGAUGACUCGGACCCUGAGGAGGAUGUGCGGCGUCCGCCCAGUCUCCGCGAGGCCUCACCGUCGCCGGACCUCGAGGAUGACGAGGACUCGCAGCCGUCGCCGAAGAAGCCCCGCCUCCACUCCACCGACGAGGAGAGCACGUGCCAGUGCAACAGGACCGACCCCGACGAGCUGUUCUUAUUGAGCUGCUCGCCCACGCUGAAGCGGCUGAGCUCGAAGAGGAACGCCGUCGCCCGCCUUAAGAUCCAGCAGGCGCUCUACGAGGCGGAGUUCGGUGCCAACGCAGAGCUGGCACAGAUAACACCCGUCGAGAAUGGCUACGCGGAGAACGGCGCCGAC